GACUUAAACUAGGAAAUAUUUUGUUUGUAUAACAACUUUUUAAAAACUAUUCAAUUGGAUAUAAAUGUUGUUGUCAUUAAGUAGUCGAUACAACAAAUAGACUACAUUUGGAGAAAAUGGUUGAUACUUCCAUGAGCGAAUUGCAGCAGUUCUAUGCCGGAAAAACGAUUUUCCUGACAGGUGCAUCCGGAUUCCUUGGGAAAAUUUUAUUGGAAAAGUUAUUACGCACUUGUCCUGAUGUUAAGAAGAUUUACAUAUUAGUCAGAACUAAGAAAGGCAAAGAUCCUAAAACAAGAUUUGAUGAUAUUUUCUCAGGAGUGGUUUUCCAAGCUUUGAAUGAGGCAAAUCCGGAGUACAAAGAAAAGGUAUCUUUGAUAACAGGAGAUUGUGCAUUACCAGAUCUCGGUAUUCAAGAUGCCGACAAAGAAACGAUUACGAAGGAGGUGAACAUCAUUCUUCAUUCAGCUGCAACGGUGAGAUUUGAUGAACACCUGACGAUUGCAACAAACAUCAAUGUUAGAGCUAUAAGAGAUUUGAUAGCAAUGGCCAAGAAAAUGCCGCAAUUAAAAUCUUUCAUACAUAUUUCAACUGUGUACUCGAAUUGCAUCAGGAAGGAAAUAGAUGAGAACUUCUAUGAAGCUUCAAUGAAAGGAAACAAUUUAAUCGACCUCAUUGAAUGUCUCGAUGAGAAUCUGAUAAGCGACAUUACAUCACAAUUGAUAGGUGAAUAUCCGAAUAGUUACGUGUUCACAAAAGCUCUAGCGGAGGAUGUAAUUAAAUCCGAAGGGGUUGGAUUGCCUUUGGCUAUAGUGAGACCGUCAAUAGUCGUUGCGAGUUGUGAAGAACCGGUCAAGGGUUGGAUUGAUAAUGUGUAUGGUCCUACCGGCGUGACCAUCGGGGUUGCUUUGGGGAUUAUUAGGACCAUGCACUGCAGGAAAGAUAAUGUGGUCGAUAUUGUUCCUGCGGAUUACGUGUGUAACGCAAUUCUUGCAGCCUGUUGGGCUACAGAUAGACAACACCAAAGUACGAGUGAAGAUGAACGCGAGAAGUUGUCAAUUGAGAAACGCAUUCCAAUUUACAAUUUCGUCAGUUCGGCGCAAAAUGCCAUCACCUGGAACAAUUUCAUCAAUUACGCGUACGAAGCGUGCCAUAAAGUGCCUUCGCCUUUAGUUGUUUGGCAUUACGUGCUGUUUUUGACUAGCAACGUUUACCUCUACGAAUUGGCCCAUCUAUUACUUCACACUGUGCCUGGACACAUAGUGGAUUUCAUUGCCAGGUGCAUUGGAAAAAAACCUUUAUUGGUGAAAGGAUACAAGAAGAUACACAAAUUUAUGUUGGUCGUGUCUUAUUUCGCACAGAGACAAUGGGAUUUUCACGACGACAACACGAAACUUCUUUGGAAAAGCCUGUGCGAAAAGGAUAGGCAACUCUUCCAGUUUAAUAUAGCAACGCUGGAUUGGAUUUCUUACUUCGACAAUUAUACAAGCGGUUGCCGAUUGUAUUUGCUGAAAGACACGUUGGACACGGUGCCUGCUGGCAGGAGGAAACUGAGGAUUCUGAAGUACGCUCAUUACACGCUUAUGGGAUUUCUGCUGUACGGACUUUACCUUGCAUUGCGUUUUGUACUUUCUACACUUCCAAUCGAAAUGGAGGAGAGCAGCGAAAUAUGUGCGUUCUUCGAGGACAAGACGGUUUUUCUCACGGGAAGCACCGGAUUCCUAGGGAAGAUCCUCAUCGAAAAGUUGCUGAGGGUCUGCAAUGUGGGGAAGAUCUUCAUGCUGGUGCGAUGCAAGAAGGGCAAAUCGGAGGAGGAGCGUUUCAAGGAAAUAUUCGAGAUUCCGUUAUUUGAUAGAUUGAAGAUCGAGAAGCCAAAGUUUUUGGAAAAACUUGUAAUGGUUGCUGGUGACUGUAGUUUACCCAAUUUGGGUAUAAAGGACGAAGAUCGGAAGAUGAUUAUCGAUGAGGUUCAUGUAAUUUUCCAUUGCGCUGCGACGGUGAGGUUCGAUCAAAAAUUAAGAACCGCAACCAAUAUUAACGUUAUUGCUACAAAGGAUAUUUGCGCAAUGGCUAGGGAAAUGAUUAAUUUGAAGUCUUUAUUGUAUAUAUCCACUGCAUACUCAUUUUGCACAAGGACUGACAUCGAUGAGCAAUUCUACAAACCGCAAAUAUCGGCCGAGAAAUUGUUCAAACUCUUGGACGUGCUGAAUGAUGAUCAAAUAGCUGAAUGUCAGGAGAGUAUUUUAGGCAAAUGGCCAAACACCUAUUCCUUUUCGAAGUCGAUCUCGGAAGAGGUGUUCAAGGACGAAUCAAAGGGUUUACCUACAGCUAUGAUACGUCCAUCGAUAAUCAUAUCGACGUUCAAGGAACCUAUUGCAGGUUGGGUGGAUAAUUAUUAUGGUCCAAUGGGCGUCGCUCAUGGCGCUGGCUUAGGUUUGCUGAGGACUUUACAUGCAGAUCCUUUGAAGAACGCCGAUCUGGUUCCUGCCGAUUACGUAAUCAACGCCAUGCUCGCAGUAGCCUGGAAAUCAUCGAAGCAGAUCUUCAACGAACCGAAGAUCUACAAUUACGUUUCAUCUCCGGAAAAGCCGAUAAAUUGGAAAACUUACAUGGCACAAUGCCAACUCAACGGUAAUCAAAUUCCAAGCCCUCUAGCCGUUUGGUAUUUUAUAUUCAGGUUGAACAAAUAUAAAUGGAAGCACAAUUUGGAUAUAUUGUUACUUCAUACACUACCUGCUUACAUCAUCGAUUUUCUAGCAUUCUGUAUUGGUAAGAAACCGAUUUUGGUGGAAAGUUACAAGAAGAUACACAAAUUCAUAAAUGUGCUCAGCUAUUUCACUAAUAGGGAAUGGAAUUUUGAAAAUGAAAACACCAAACAGUUGUGGUUGGAGCUGAAUAAAACGGAUAAAAAGACCUUCGAGUUUUCGAUGGCCAAACUCGAUUGGAACGCGUAUUACAAGACGUACAUGAUGGGAGGAAGAAUUUAUCUGCUGAAGGAUCCGAUGGAAACUGUUCCAGCUGGAAAGAGGAAGCUUAUGAUCAUGCAGUCUGCGCAUUAUUGCUUGGUAGCACUCAUUUGGUUCUUACUAUACAAACUUAUUGUGUUGCUCUACGGAGCUGUUUUUUAAUAAUGAAUUAAUAAAGUAAAGGUUACAAAGGUU